AUGAUCUGGUUAUCAGAAAGGCAGAGUACUUUCUUAGCAUUAGGUAAUUUAUUAUUCAUUAUAGGACUUGUUUUAAUAAUAGGUCCACAACGUACAAUAUCUUUUUUUUCAAGACCUCAAAAAUUAAGAGGAACAAUUUGUUUUUCAGUAGGGAUAUUAUUGAUAUUGGUAAAAUGGUCAUUUUUAGGAUUUUUAAUUGAAAGUUUUGGUAUAUUAGGAUUAUUUGGAGAUUUUUUUGGUACUAUUGUACAAUUUUUAAGAUCAAUUCCUUAUAUUGGUGAUUUGUUGAGUCAUCCAUUUAUAGCUCCUACUAUUGAUAGAUUAGCUGGGAUUAAUAAUACUUUACCUGUUUAA